AUGGCUGGAGGAUUUUACUCGUCGCCCUUCUGGGCUGGCUAUCUCGAGACACAGCGAAGCAAGCUGCCUGUGCUCCGAGAAAUCGACGAUGGCUUGUCCGACUGCGUUGUGCGCUUUCUUGGAUACAACCCCGGAAGCAUGCAGCUGCAGGGCUCCAACACGUACCUUGUUGGUACUGGGAGCACCCGGAUAAUCAUCGACACUGGAGAGGGGGCUCCGGAAUGGGCACGGAGCGUGACCAGAUAUCUCGAAGACCACGGCAUCUCCAUCUCCCAUGUCCUUCUCACGCACUGGCACAAGGACCAUACCGGCGGGGUAGCCGAUCUCCUAGCCCAUGAUCCCAAGAUAGCAGUGUACAAGCACAGGCCCGAGCAGGGCCAGCGGGCGAUUGUCAACGGCCAGAUCUUCCAAACACUUGGUGCGACUCUAGAGGCAGUCCUGACACCCGGACAUACCGUGGACCACAUGUGCUUCUUGAUGCAAGAAGAGCACGCACUAUUCACCGGCGACAACGUGCUAGGCCAUGGCUACAGUGUAGCUGAGGAUUUGGAAGCCUACACGGCCAGCCUCCGCCUGAUGGCAAGCCUCAACUGCGCCCGCGGCUAUCCGGGCCACGGAGACCUGAUAUUUAACCUGCCCCGGACAAUUGCAAAAUACAUCGCGCAGAGAGUAUCCAGGGAGAGGAGGAUACACGGUGUGCUGGCCCAGCAUGCUUAUUCGUCUUCUUCAUUCCACAAUAAGAGCAGCGCGAGCAGUGACAGGAGUGUCAGCGACUCUGGUAAUAGUGAUGAUGAUGAAGGUGGCAGUGGGUUGGACAAAGACACAGUGCAGGGCCUAUCGACAGCUGACAUAGGCUGCCUCAUCUACGGAGAAGCCUUCAAAGAUAGCGCAGCGUUCGACUCCGCUGUCGGACCUCUGUUGAACCAAGUUUUGUACAUGUUGCUGGAGCGAGGCAAGGUUGGUUCAAGAGUUGGUUUAGAUAAUACUAGAUAUUGGUUCGCAAAGGCCCAGACGCUUUGA